UUUCUGAGUGUUUCUGUCAUUUCAGUGUCUCUGGAUGUCAAAGUAGUGGGUUUUACUGGCAGUUCUGUUGUCCUGCCGUGUUCUUCAAUUCAACAUGAUCUUAAACCUCAAGACAUGCAUGUGCUUUGGAGAGACAAAGACAGUGAGACUAUUUAUGAUUUAAUUGAAGGUAAAGAUUCAUUAGAGACACAGGACCCACGUUACAAGAACAGAGCGCAAACUUUCCCAGAGGAGUAUAAGAGAGGAAACUUCUCCAUCAAACUCAACAAUCUCACUCAAGCUGAUGCAGGAGAAUUCAACUGCUUCAUCACACACUCAUCUUAUUCUAAUCAGGAGACUGUAUGGCUCUUCAUUAAUGAAUCAACAGUAGAAACUGGAAACCAAUCUACUGAAGUACCACCAGAAACACAGUCAAACUGGAUAAAGACAUUAUUAAUCUGUGUUUGUCUUUUAACUUUAAUAACUUUAAUAAUUGCCCUGUCUACACUCUAUUUCAAAUUUUGCAGGAACAAAAGCCAUCAAGCUCCAAUAUAGAGGGAAAAGUGUCAUACUGAAGGUCCUGCAUAGCGAGUUUCAGUGGCAUCUGAGCAGCCCAUAUUUUCCGGCACCCAUGUUAACAAAUGAGUGUUCACAUCAGAAGUGUGAGUGACAUGUCAUGCACAAUCACAUAUUCUGUUGUAGAUUCUCUCUCUCAUUAUACUCUUACAAUGACAGAAAACAAUGUGCACUGCUUGUUCUUAUUGUAUAACAGAAUGAGAUCUUGAAACACUUGAACAGUGUCAGUCCUGUCAAUAUGUUGCUGCCUCAACAAUUCUGUACCAGAAGUGUGUUCUCAAAGUAAAUGUAUUUUGUAUUCUUUAUGUAUUUCUUGAUUGUUAAUAUUAUUACUGCGCAUCAAUUAUUAAUCUGAUUCAUUAAUUCCUAGUUAUACAUCAGCCAAUGUAAUUAUUUGUUUUCAUAAAGUGUGCUUAAAGGUAAAACAUGGUGCUCAUGGUUGAGAUUAUCAUACGGCUCUGCAGACUGUUGUUAUUUGGAACAGUUAUUUGGACAAGGUUACUGAAUCUUCUUAAACUCAACACAUUUCCAG